AAAACAGGAGAAUGGCGGCGUCCACUGCUGUUCGGUCGAGCAUGGGGCUGACAUUCAGACUUUCUAGAGUAAUAAGACAGUGCAGUGCAUCUCCUUUUUAUAGAUUAAAUAGCUGUGUGGAUGGUUUUGCCCUUCUUUCGAAGCAAGGGUUCCCAGGUGGUCUACAGACACUGAAUCGCCAGUUGCAGACUACGAUGGGUGUUUGUCACAACGACGUGGGGAACUCCAACGCAGAGGACCCAAAAGAUGUGGUGAACGUGGUGUAUGUAGAUCGCUCCGGGAAGAGGAUCCCAGUCCGGGCCAAAGUGGGAGAUAACGCGAUGUACCUGGCUCAUAGGCAUGGAAUUGAACUUGAAGGAGCGUGUGAGGCCUCUCUAGCCUGCUCGACGUGCCAUGUAUAUGUGAGCAGUGAUCACUUAGACAAGCUACCAGACCCUGAUGAAAGAGAAGACGACAUGCUGGACAUGGCUCCCUUGCUUCAGGAGAAUUCCCGACUGGGAUGCCAGAUCAUUCUGACUCUGGAGAUGGAAGGCAUCGAGCUGACCCUGCCCAAGGUCACCAGGAACUUCUAUGUGGACGGCCACGUUCCCAAGCCCCACUGAGGAGAAGCCCCGUCUGGUCGGAGUUGGCUUCAGCGAUGGGAACUUAAGUUAGACAAGACGGUUUGGCUGGUGUACCCGUGCCCCUGGUCCCAGUUUACGCCCAAGGAAAUGACGUCUCUGAAGGGCCACAAUCUAAGGAGUCAAAUGUAAACACUGCCCAGAAGGCCAUGUGGUUUCUACUUAAAUUGGCUGAUAUCCAGUGUUAGCUUGAGGGAUAGCAGCCAUGCUAAACGCUCUGCUAAGCUGCUAUCGCUAUUUCUAGUUGAAAGAAUUCUCACGCAGAGGAAUUGAGGUCAACUUCCAUCAUCCAAUCUCACAAAAUGAUCUUUGUUCAAAGCUGUUUGUUUUUGCCAAAGAGCCAGCCAAGUCAGGUUUUGGCAAAAAAACAUUUAUGAGAUUGAAUGAAACAUUCCAUGUUACAACUUCUAAACGUCAAGUACGCACAACUAUCAAUACCAUGUUUUUCAUAAUUUAUGCUGUUUUAUGUCACUUGUCAUGUGCAUAUGAAUGACUAACAAUAUUUUUGUAUGAAGUGACUUAAUAUAAAUUUGACUUAACUUAUGUAGUCCUACCUUGCAACAUACUCAAACAGGGAGUACAAAGAGACAGAUUUCCAUUAGAUAAAAACCUACAAAUAAUUAUAAAAGAUAUAUCUUUGGUGAUAAGCCACCUCUUGGUUUCAAAUCAUUUUAAGUGACUCUGAUUAAGUGAUUGCUUUUCAUUGUUGACAUGACAUUACCCACCCACUAGUAUUAAGUAACUCUCUUAUAUGUAGGCCUACUUAGAAUAUUUCAUGGUACAUUGUCAAAGACAAUACUGUUUGAUAAAGAAACACCCAUUUCUGUAGUUAAGUGACUAGAGGCACCUAUGGUUAUCAUCUAUUUCUUGAAGCAUCUUAACUGUAUAAUUCCAGCUCUUGGGCCACCAGACUCAAUUAACACGUAUAUCCGUUUCAAUGUGCAGAAGGAUUCAAAAACAUUAGUAAAACCGAAAAUGGUAUAAGGCAUUUAUUUUAUGCUUGAUUUCCUUCUAAAUUCGCCUGAAAGAAAUAUGUAUUUUCUUGAUCUUGAUUUGUCUCAACACGUGCUUGUUUCACUGGAUCAUUUUUCUAAUUAAAUAUAUUUUAUAUUAGUUUGUUUUCAUCAGAGAGCAUGUCCUACUUUUAUCGUUAAAAACCCUGUUACUGUCGAAUUGCUUUUCUUCUAAAUCCACUGGCAAAUGCCCAAACAGUUACCUCAACUUAUGAAGAAGUCCGACACGCGGAUGGUUCAGCAGUGGAUUCAGUCGGCAUUUGGGUUUAGGGGCCUGUUAGAAAAAUGUCCCGAAACAACUCAUUGAAUAUACUCACAUGCAAUUGUAUUGUUUUAACGUGUUGAUGUACUUUACCCACUGGAUACAUGCGUGCAAUAAAAUAAAGAACAUUUCGAGAAAUUGGUCUUAAGACGAGGCAACCAA